AUGUUUUGGGACUACUUUCCGACUGUGUCACCCCACAACAUUGAGCCGACUGUUUCAUCUCACACCAUUGAGCCGACUGUGUCACCCCACAACAUUGAGCCGACUCUGUCACCCCACAACAUUGAGCCGACUGUGUCACUCUACACCAUUGAGCCGACUGUGUCACUCUACACCAUUGAGCCGACUGUGACACUCUACAUCAUUGGGACUACUUUGUCACCUCACACCAUUGAGCCGACUGUGUCACCUCACACCAUUGAGCCGACUGUGUCACCCCACAACAUUGAGCCGACUGUGUCACUCUACACCAUUGAGCCGACUGUGUCACCCCACACCAUUGAGCCGACUGUUUCAUCUCACACCAUUGAGCCGACUGUGUCACCCCACACCAUUGAGCCGACUGUGUCACCUCACAACAUUGAGCCUACUUUGUCACCCCACAACAUUGACCCGACUGUGACACUCUACAUCAUUGGGACUACUUUGUCACCUCACACCAUUGAGCUGACUGUGUCACUCUACAUCAUUGGGACUACUUUGUCACCUCACACCAUUGAGCUGACUGUGUCACUCUACAUCAUUGGGACUACUUUGUCACCUCACAACAUUGAGCUGACUGUGUCACUCUACAUCAUUGGGACUACUUUGUCACCUCACAACAUUGAGCCGACUGUGUCACCCCACACCAUUGAGCCGACUGUUUCAUCUCACACCAUUGAGCUGACUGUGUCACUCUACACCAUUGAGCCUACUUUGUCACCCCACAACAUUGAGCCGACUGUGUCACUCUACACCAUUGAGCCUACUUUGUCACCCCACAACAUUGAGCCGACUGUGUCAUCUCACACCAUUGAGCCGACUGUUUCACCUCACACCAUUGAGCCGACUGUGUCACUCUACACCAUUGAGCCGACUCCGACUGUGUCACUCUACAUCAUUGGGACUACUUUGUCACCUCACAACAUUGUGCUGACUCUUCCACCUCACACCAUUGAGCCGACUGUGUCACCCUACACCAUUGAGCCGACUGUUUCAUCUCACACCAUUGAGCCGACUGUUUCAUCUCACACCAUUGAGCCGACUGUGUCACUCUACAUCAUUGGGACUACUUUGUCACCUCACAACAUUGAGCAGACUGUGUCAAUCUACACCAUUGAGCCGACUCUGUCACUCUACAUCAUUGGGACUACUUUGUCACCUCACACCAUUGAGCCGACUGUUUCAUCUCACACCAUUGAGCCGACUCUGUCACUCUACAUCAUUGGGACUACUUUGUCACCUCACAACAUUGAGCAGACUGUGUCAAUCUACACCAUUGAGCCGACUGUUUCAUCUCACACCAUUGAGCCGACUGUUUCAUCUCACACCAUUGAGCUGACUGUGUCACUCUACACCAUUAAGCCUAAUUUGUCACCCUACAACAUUUAG